ACAAUCGAUUCGGCGGCGGCCGCGUUCGUUGAACAAUAUAAAUUGUAUUCCAUUAAAAAUUCAUUGAAAUCGAACGUUCUACCUCUUGUAAAUAGCUAUCGGGUAAAAGAGAUAAAUUUUUAAACUCUUUCAACCUAAACACAUCGUUAAGAAGACCGAGAAGAGAAAUAAAAACUUUACUUAGUAGUCAUUUUUAUUCAACUUCCCAUCUAUACAAAAAAAGAUACUUUGAUUCAAAAUGAUGACUUGUGUAAUCGGAAGUUAUUCAACUUAUAAACUCACUAAAACAUGCGAUAAAAGUAAUAUUGAAAUAGGAAGAAGAACAAGGAUAGUUGAAUCCAUUUUGAAACAAACGAAAAAAAGGGAACUAAAGUCUAUUCUCGUGUCCGAUAAUACGAACGUUGAAACGGCAGUCGGUGACGUCAUUCGAAUAAAAAAUGUCAACAUAAUAGUAUACUCUAACUUCCAAUCCAAUUUGCAUAUAAGUCUGUCGCAAAUUUGUGGAUAUCGAAAGUUAAUCAGUCGCAUUCAGGAUGUUAGAAAAACCCCUUAUUGUAGUGAAGAUAGUGAACAUGAAAGACAAUUAAAAUGCCUCUGGCACCUACUCAGACCAGAAGAAGUUUUAGAUAGCAGGUUUACUAAACAAUGGAAAAAAUUAGGUUUUCAGGGUACGGAUCCAAAGAGUGAUUUUAGAGGUAUGGGAAUACUUGGUCUGCAGAAUUUACUCUAUUUCGCUCGGCAUUAUAACUCCAAAGCAAGGCAAAUUCUUAGUGAAUCGGAACAAGAAUAUUCAUUCGCUAUCGUUGGAAUCAAUUUAACGGCUUUAGUUUGCCAAUUACUACAAGAAAACUACUUGAAAAAUCACUUCUAUAAUACAGUUCCAGGGGAAGCCCAAAUAGAAGAUUUCCAUAAAGUAUAUACCAUCAUAUUUUGUGACUUUCAUAAACAAUGGAUGAACGAUAAACCAGGAAUAAUGAACUUUAAUCCGUAUAAAGAUAAAUAUUAUAAAAGAUUAGCUAAAAAAUUAAAAAGGAGAGACGCAAAUCUGCUUUUAUGUUAAUGAAUAUAUAUACUGUAUAUAUAUUGUAUAAAUGUUGUAUUCUCAGUUGUCUAAUCUUAAUAUAAAUACAUAAAAAAUGGCUAGUUUUUAUAGAAAACCAUCAGUUUGUUUCCUUCCUCCAGCUAUCUCCUUCUCUCUAUGUUUUGAGGAUAACAAUAUAUACUUAAAAUUGCUGUUUAUUUAGCCAAGAGACUUUAUUUAGUCAAUAUUGUAAGCAAUGCGGCGUUACGAUAUAAGUAAUUUCUAUAGUUUCGAUCUCGAUCUGUAUACUCCGUAUCACUCUCCUGUUUUUAUGUCUAGAUGAUUUCACCCAUUCAUAGUCCUAUGCAAUUGUUAUGGUCGAGUGAUAAAGAUGAAUUUAUCAAUAUAGUUAAAAAACACUCCAUUUUUCCUUUGUCCCAUAACUCCGACCUCCUUCCUCCCCCUGCCCUUGUAAAUGAUAUACAUUAAUUUUUUAUAGCCCUUUUUGUUAUUUUCUAUACAAUAAAAUGUAGCGUGUUACUCUUUUUUUACUGCGGAGAAAGUAGACUUUGAAUUAGCGGGGAUAAGUGAUAAAAAAAAAUGCCUCAAACUUAACCGACCUUUCUCUGAUAAACUUACCGCAAAGGGAUUACUGAAUAUAAAAAGAGAAGCGUAUGCGUAUCAACACCUGCAAGGAUUUGGUUUCGGCUUGUUCCAGC